AUGCGGCCGCUCGACGAGAAGGAGACCACGAUGGUCUUCGAGAAGCUCUUCAAGUUCACCGGCCCCAACCUGAAGCACCUCCUGGAGCGGCCCUCCGUGGAGGGCCCCGACCCGGAGCCCGGCCGCUACUGCCUCCGCCUCCACAAGAACCGCGUCUUCUACGCCUCCGAGUCGCUCGUCCGCCGCGCCACCGCCGUCUCCCGCACGCGCCUCGCCGGGGUCGGCACGCCCAUCGGCAAGUUCACCCACGGCGGCGCCUUCCACCUCACCGUCCACGCGCUCGACCUCCUCGCCGCCCACGCGCGCCGCCGCAUCUGGCUCAAGCCCGACACGGAGCGCUCGUUCCUCUUCGGCAACUCCGUGCCCAAGUCCGCGCUCGCGCGCAUCACCGAGAACACCAAGUCCGGCGACGGCGUCGUCGUCAUGUCCAUGGCCGACGUGCCCCUCGGGUUUGGGGUCGCCGCCAGGGGCGCGCAGGACUGCAGGAAGGCCGACACCAACGCCGUGGUGGUGCUCCACCAGUCCGACGCCGGCGAGUACCUCCGCAAGGAGGAGGAGCUCAUGUGA